AUGCGCAGGAAGUUUUCUGCGGUUGACAUGGGUCUGUUCACGUCCAACAAACUGGCCCAUUUACUGAGAAUAGCUGCUAAUAAACCUUCGUUUUUCAGAACCGGAACCGAGUUAAAGCCCGGAGCUGUGUGCUGCGUUCAGCUCAUCCGGAACCAGAGGGCAGGGGACAGGACGUCCCUGGGGGACAGGACGUCUCUGCAGGACAGACAGAAGCAGCAGAUGUCCAGAGGUCUUCCCAAGCAGAAACCCAUCGCCGGCGUCCAACACGUCAUCGUCGUGGCUUCAGGGAAAGGCGGCGUGGGAAAGUCCACAACUGCAGUUAAUUUGGCUCUUGGACUGUUGGCCAAUGAUCCGUCCAGGUCAGUCGGUCUGUUGGACGCGGACGUUUACGGCCCGUCCAUCCCCAAACUGAUGAACCUGAAGGGAAACCCGGAGCUCAGUGACGAUAAUCGGAUGAUUCCUCUGACCAACUACGGCGUCCCGUGCAUGUCCAUGGGCUUCCUGGUGGAGGACACGUCUCCGAUCGUGUGGAGGGGACUGAUGGUCAUGUCUGCUGUAGAACGCCUGCUCAGACAGGUGGACUGGGGCUCGUUGGACUACCUGGUGGUGGACAUGCCCCCUGAGACAGGAGACGUCCAGCUGUCAAUCACCCAGAACGUCCCUAUAUCAGGUGCGGUCAUCGUGUCCACGCCGCAGGACAUCGCUCUGCUGGACGCUCGCAGAGGAGCCGAGAUGUUCAAGAAAGUGAACGUUCCGGUUUUGGGUCUGGUGCAGAACAUGAGCGUCUUCCAGUGCCCAAACUGUCACCAUCAGACCCACAUCUUUGGUUCUGAUGGAGCCCGGCAGCUUGCCGACACCCUGGGAGUGAAGUUUUUAGGGGACGUCCCACUUCACCUGAACAUCAGAGAGACGUCAGACAGAGGACAGCCGGUGGUCGUCUCGUCUCCAGACAGCCCCGAGGCAGAGGCGUACAGGAAGGUGGCGUCUGCUGUGAUCCAGAGGCUACAGGAAGUGAUCGCAUGACUUCCUGCUCCAACAGGAAGUCAGCUGGUCGACAGGUCAUACAUGUCAACAUGCAAGCUGUUCAAUAAGAUCAAUCGGGACAGUCAGUGCAACCCUUUAGUGCUGAAGAUGUGACGUUUGGAGCAUCUCUAAGACGACUUUGUUCUUUAUUAUUAAUAUUAUUUAUAAAUUAUGUGAAGUGUGAAUGAGCUGCUCCUA